CAAAAUCAACAGAAUGAACAAACAACCCUCUACACCGAGUAUCCUGAACAACACUUUAACACUACAAUUGUCUCUUUAAUAAGAACACUCGAUCUCAACACCUAUUUGUUUACUGGACACUGUUAAAUCAAAAACUCUAACACAAUAACUCAAAAGUACACUUUUCUACGAGCACCAGAACACUUUUUUUUAACACACACAGCACUCAGACACUCAAACUCGCACACAUGAACACAGAUCCCCCUUCUAGACACCUCUCAAACAGACCCCUUUAUAUACCUUCCUCUGCCUCCAACCACAACUCGGCCUCAACCCUCGUUCCCCUUGUAUUUUUAAUUCGCUCCGACCGUCUCCGACCGAUUCUUUUCAAUUCCGACCGAUUCCUUUCUCGCCUCGAUCACUUGCUUUUGACUAUCAAUUCUAUCUCGACCUUGGCUAGCUCGUCAUCAAUUCAUUGGUUCUAUAUCUGUAUCUUGUCAUCUGAUCUUGAGAUUCAAACUCCGAACGAUGUUCAUUUACUUGGCGCUUUCAGGCGUUCUAGAUCAUUUGUAGUUCAACUUUUUGCUUCAAUCUCUUAUAUUUAUGGCGUUCAAACAUGCGCAAGAAAUUUGCAAGUUGCGAGAAAGUUCUGUGCAAGUUCUCUUAAACAUCUUGCAUAGAACUUGGACAAAACUUGCAGACUUAAGAAAGUUAUGUGUGAACCUAGGCUUCCCCGCUUCGAGGACUCAGUUUGCCCUUGAUGAGAAAGGGUAAAUACAUACAGCAGGGGGUUGUGAAAAAAUUAAUUAGGCAAGAUCCGUGCAAGAUUUCUUGCACGGAUCUUGCACGGAUCUUGCACAUCAGUUUUGCAAAUUUCUUGCACAUGUUUGAACGCCAUAAUUAUCUUAUCAUUGUAAGUGUUUUCUUGUUGAUUCUUGUUGAUUUAAAAUUCAAUUUUGGAUCUCAAUCCUCAGCCCUCAAUUUUCUUAGUCCUUUAUUUGUCUCUAUGAAUUUUGAUCAGAUCUGUUCUUGAUUGUUUUAGCUACAUCACUAACUUCUAUUUAAGUAUAUAUUUUAACUCUAUUUGAUUACUGUUUGCUAUUUAUUAUGUCUUGAUGUAUCUUGUUCUCUCUUUUGAUGAUUGUUUAUAAAUUGUAUGAUUCAAAUUCAAUGUUGAUGGAUCCAUUC